UGCAAAGUUGGCAACCAGUUUUUCCACACCUCAGCUAGUGUACCAGCUACCAGUAACCUAUAAAUCAGCUCUCCCCUGUCACACUGCUGAACCUGGCCAUCUACACUGGAGGAACCAUGAGACUACAGCUGCCCAACCCAGGCCUGGAAGACAGGAUCCUGUCCCAUGAGGAGCUGGACCAGCUGGAGACGGAAGAGGCUGGGAGUGGAGACAGGCCCAAAUGGGACAACAAGACCCAAUACAUGCUCACCUGCGUGGGGUUCUGUGUGGGGCUGGGGAACGUAUGGAGAUUCCCUUACCUUUGCCAGAGUCAUGGGGGAGGUGCAUUCAUGAUUCCUUUCCUGAUCCUACUGGUUCUAGAAGGUGUUCCCCUGCUCCAUCUGGAGUUUGCUAUUGGUCAACGUCUAAGGAAAGGCAGUUUAGGCGUGUGGUCAACAAUUCAUCCUUACUUAGCUGGAGUUGGCAUAGCGUCCAUGUUUGUUUCUUUGAUGAUCAGCCUGUACUACAACACCAUCAUGGCCUGGGUGAUGUGGUACUUGUUUAACUCCUUCCAAGAGACGCUGCCUUGGAGCCAGUGUCCCCUCAAUUACAAUCUAACAGGCCUGGUGUCAGAGUGUGAGCAGAGCUCCCCGGUGGAUUACUUCUGGUACAGAGAGACCCUGAACACCACCCCAGACAUCGGUGAAAACGGGGGUCUACAGUGGUGGAUGGUGCUGUGUCUGGUCAGUGCCUGGGCCGUGCUCUAUAUCUGCAUCAUCCGAGGCAUCGAGACCACUGGGAAGGCUGUGUAUAUCACCUCAACGCUACCCUACGUCGUGUUGAGCAUUUUCCUGAUCAGAGGUCUGACUUUGAAAGGCUCUUUGAGUGGAGUCGUGUUUCUUUUCACCCCGGACUUGACAGAGCUGACCAACCCAACUACCUGGCUGGAUGCAGGUGCCCAGGUGUUCUAUUCCUUCUCCAUAGCAUUUGGCGGACUCAUCUCUUUUUCCAGCUACAACUCUGUGUAUAACAACUGUGAACAGGAUGCAGUGAUCAUCUCUGCCGUCAAUGGCUUCACCUCCGUCUACGCUGCAACAGUCAUCUACACCAUCAUUGGUUUCAGAGCCACAGAGAGAUUUGACAACUGUCUUGGCGGAAAUAUCCUGGCACUGCUGAAUACAUUUGAUCUUCCCGAGGGAAACGUCACUGAAAGCAACUAUGAUCAGGUUCUCCAGAGUCUCAAUGGAACACAUCCAGAAGUCAUUCAGGGACUCAACUUGAAGACCUGUGACUUGAACACUUUCCUCAGCGAGGGGGUUGAAGGAACUGGUCUGGCCUUUAUCGUGUUCACAGAGGCCAUCACUAAGAUGCCUGUAUCUCCUGUUUGGUCAGUCUUGUUCUUCAUCAUGCUCUUCUGUCUCGGCCUGUCCUCCAUGUUUGGCAACAUCGAAGGAGUUCUUGUACCACUUCAGGACCUGGGGGUUUUCCCCAAAAGUUGGCCCAAAGAGGCCACCACAGGGAUAACAUGUGUCCUCUGCUGCAUUGUUGGACUGAUAUUUGUCCAAGGCUCAGGGAACUACUGGCUGUCCCUCUUUGACAGCUUUGCUGGGUCCAUUCCUCUGCUGAUCAUUGCAUUCUGUGAGAUGGUCGGGGUUGUGUACCUCUAUGGUAUUGAUAGGUUCAACGAUGAUAUAAAGUUCAUGAUCGGCCACAAGCCCAACUUCUUCUGGCAGAUCACAUGGAGAUUUGUCAGCCCCGCCAUCAUGUUUGUCAUCUUUGUGUUCUACCUUAUCACUAAAGUCACCGAAACGCUCCUAUAUAAAACCUGGAAUCCUGAAUCGGAAAACUUCCCUACAUUGGAGGAGAAGCCCUAUCCAGCCUGGAUCUAUGUGAUAAUCUUUAUCCUGGCAGGGAUACCCAGUCUAGCUGUGCCUGGCACUGCUCUCUUCAAAUGUUUACGGAGGAAGAGAGAUAGAAGUCUGAACAGCAAGAGCUCAAAACAGUCUCUAACCAAAUUGACAUGAACGACAAGGCUCAGGAUGGUACAUCCCGUACCUGAUUACCCGUAAUAACUCCCCACCAAUAAAAACUUCAUAAAUACAAA